AUGACCAAGCGUGUCCUCACCGCCUUCGAAGCUUCCUGGGGACGAUGUCGAAGGCUGUUUCUGCUACUCUGCAGCGUUGUACCCGCGACGGGCCAGGUUACCUCACGGACAGUCUUUGCCGUGCAGUUUGACGUGUCUGUUGAUCCAAAUGCGGCCACGCCGCAAGAGUACUUCACUGCCCUGCAGGAAGCUUUCGCUGACGCGGCCACUGUUUCAGGUGGGGAUGCUGGAGACGGCACAGGCUCGGGCGGCGACAUCACAGGGGGUGGCAUCGGUGGAAUUGGUGGGCUUGGCUCGCAGUUCGUGCCGCGUUUUGAGGAGGGCUCCUUCUUGGCACAGGUGGCCUUCACAGACAACUCGCUGACAGAGGCAGUGACGAUGAAAGUGUGCGACAUGGAGCCUUUCUGGGAGAAGGGCCAGACGGUCUACGACCUACGGGAGUGCCGGCUGAGUCCAGUGAAGUUAAUCGUCUGGUCCUUGAUCCCUGCAGUCACCCUGUCCUGUGGAUCUUUAGGUUUCUGGAGCUGGCAGCGGAACGUCCGCGGCCGCGGCAAGGAGACCCAGAUCGGGACCCUGGUGGGCAUCGGUGUAGCUUUCCUCAGCGUGGGCUACGACUGGUUUUUCAGCUGGACACUUUGGAGGAACCCCGUGGGAGAUUUUCAGCAGCGGGUCUAUGAGGUGGGCUUGGUGUGUCUCGCAAGCGGGAUCGUGAUUAACUUCCUGGCCGUGCACUUCUGGUUCCGUCGCAAAUUCCUGGUCUCCAUGCCGUGGUAUGAGUAUCACAAGCACGGUCUGGGUCUGCACAUCAUCUUCCUCUUGAUGUAUGCCAAUCCACAAGCGUGUUUUCUCUUCACCUGCAGGCUCUUUGACGUCGACUUGUUCAACAUACACUUCGGAACACCGAGCAAGAUGAACGAGGUGUUGUCCCGAAUCGGCUGCUUAUCGUUGUUGAGCGACAUGCCCCUGCUGGUCCUGAAGACACUCGUGUAUUUUUUAGAUGCCACUGGCAUUCAGGCCCCGAAGGUCACACGAGUUUCCAUGGGCGUGACGGUGAUCCACCUGGCGCUGGCUCGGGACUUGGAAGGACAACAAUGCUGCACGCAACGCUUUUGCGAGUUCGUCUUUGUGGUAGUUCUUGUCCGUGAUCGCAAGCUCAUUGCACUUAUCGAGUUGGCCUGGGAAGUAGUGGCUCUCCAGAUGCAGAAUUGGGAGCAGCCGCUGGAGGAGUUUUUCGAUGCCUUGCAAGAGGACGUCGAACGGGCGACGCUGGAAACGUGCCAAAGAAGUGGGCCCACGUUCGUGACGCCGGUCCUUCGGCCGCGUCCAGGACCCUUGCCGUCUGCGCCGUCGAUCCUCAGCUCUUUCUCACGGAAUUCAUCGUGCUCGUCGGUGUAUCACGACGCCCUGUCGGAGUGGGAGUUGGAUGCGCCGGUGAAGGCGCCCCCUGCGCUGGGGUGGCGAGCCCCACAGUUACUGAUCCACUGCAAGGAACCCUUGAGCGUGCUGCUCUCCUUUUUGACCAUGGGUUUCUGCCUCUGCCACGGCGACUGGUAUCGAGGGCCACGGGAAGCGGAGCGGCUUCCGACAUUGUUGAUGGCCUGCUUCCUUGGUGCCGUCGUUGCGUCCUUCCUCCCACUGCGCCCGCGGCGGCUCGCGGCCGGGGCAGCAGCCGUGCUCCUUGCGCGUCGCCCGCGGCGAACAGGGCUGUGGCCAUACUCUUUGCUGCUGGACUGGGCCACUGCAGGCAUCGCUGUCAGCAGUGUCCUCUCCUCAGCAGUGGAAGCGGCGCCCGUGCGUCGGCCAGGCUGGCUUGGAUUCCAGCUCGCUCUGGGCCUCUCCGCGGCUCUGUGGGGUCUGCAACUGGCAACAUCCCUUCGGCCUACCAUGCUCCCGGCGGCCACCUUUUUCGUCCUGGCUCUGCAUUUGUUGUUCCAGCUGUUUCUGGAAGGCCCAAAGAUUGCGGCCAAGCAGGAAUCUUUUGCUGAGAAGGACUCGCUGCUGCAAGAUUGCAAGAGGAUGGGCCAACAAGUUUUGCACGCCGCUCAGGAGCCUUGGUUCCUUGCCGCGUUGCUGGCAGCGACAGCCCUCGGUGUAGGUGGGCGCCACCUGGGAGGUCUGGAAGCUUUGACCUUGUCAACGGGAGACCCGCCACAGCUGGCCAUCGUGUUACUGCUGUCACUGGCUACUCUUCCAGGCUUCCUUGCGGCGGCAAGCUAUGCUGCAGACUGGAGUGAAGCUCGGAGCUUGAGGUGGAGCUUUGUAGCCAUUGGAGUGGGCUUCAGCUUGCUCCACCCAGGUCCCGUGCCCGGUGAGGGCGAAGAAGGCGCAGGUGAGUGGGCACACCUCACCGAUGGGACCCUCACGGCUUCAGCAGUUGGUCGCGGCUUGUUGCUCCACCUGCUGUUCGCAUCCUUUGCACAGGCACUGGCAUGCAUCGUGCGCUGCUGCCUGGGGUCGACGCCGCAGGGACACAUGCCAGCGAAGCCGAUUGCAUGGAGACCGGUGGCUCUCGCUCUCGCCCUGUGUGCUUUCAGUGCGGAUGCCGCAUCAACCUGGAUGUUUGACUCGCGCUCACGCUGGCUCACUGUGGCCUCUGUCAACAUUCUGGCGGCGCUGGCCUGCACGAGCUUUCCCCAGCAGCGGAGGCGCCCACCGCUCUCGGAAUGGGCCGAAGGCUAUGCAGGGCUCCGUGAUCUCCGCCCUGGGCGCCCUGGGCGGCCCGGCCGACCCCUGGACCUGCGCGACUCACGCGACUCGCGCCUGCGCGGCGCCGGUGUGCUCGUGGGGGGGCUGAGGCGGCUGAGCGCCCGGCUUCUGCAGCCCUCUGUCUCCGAGGAGGCACAGGACCCAGCCUUUGUGAACUAUCUUCUGGCCGAGUUCUGGCCAAGCCUGCGUGGGAUGCUCGAGGAGGAUAUCAUGAAGGGCGAAGUCCAGCAAGUUUUGCAAGAGACCGUUACGGCCGCCUUGAAGUUCGACCGAAUCUGUCUUGGCCCGCAGCCUCCCAGAGUGCUGUCCCUGUCAACAGUACCAGCCACCACGACUGAACGGGCCAUUACUUUUGUGGCCGACGUCGAGUUCUGUGGCAAGGACGUUGACCUGACCUUGAGCCUCACGCUGGGAAGGCUGGUCGGACUGUCGGUCAGCGUCAACCGGCUCUCUCUUCGAGGAUCGCUGUUUCUGUCCUUUCGGCACCUGACCCCGCACCUCCCGUUGACCCAGGGCCUCACCAUCACCUUCGUGAACCCGCCAGCAGUGGACCUGAGCCUGAGCACCCCGGCCGGUUCACUGCCCUUCCUGCCGGAACGUGCUCGCCAGGCCUUAAUCUCUUUGGUCGAGUCCACCAUUGCGCGAGACCUGGUGUUGCCGAACCGCCUGCCUCUGCCUUUUGGGACGCUGUGGCCCCUGGAGCGACUGCAGCAUGCCCGCCCAGAGGGCGUGCUCUUCUGUCGAGUGCUCGGCGCUUGUGGCGUUGCGUCGGAGAGAAACAGCUUUGGUGCAGAACGUGCUGUCCGUUGUUGCCUAUCUCUGGGUGCAGCCAACUGGAGAUCCGCUGCUGCGCACAGUGAGGAUGGUGACCUGAUCUGGGACGAGCAGCCCACUUUUGUGGUGGAUGCCUUCGCAAGCCAGGAGCUGAGGGUCGCUCUCCAUGAGUGCCACACCUUCAGCAGCGAUCGGCAGACGGGGCAAGUGAAGGCGCUGCCGCUGCGGGAGCUGGUCGAGCGCAGCAAGUAUCAGCACAUGCCAAGCUGGGCCCUGCAGGCUUCCGCGGCCAUGGCUGCGGCGACCCCGGGAAGCCCACAGAUCCUUCUCUCCGCUACGUUUUGCACACUUUCACGGCAGCGUGCCGCCUUUGACGAAAAGCUGGGAUCGUUGGUGAUGAUCACUGUCGACUGCGCCCGGCGCAUCCCAGACACCUUUGCUGACCGGCGCCUGGCGGUAAGAGCGUUCCUUGUGCCCCAUGGUGGAUGCCCGGCCAGCGGUGAUCGUCCAGCGAUCCAAAGCUACUCUCUCCGAGCUUCGUAUGUUCUCCCGCUUCAUGCAGCCACUGGGAUUCUUGAGCGACUUCUCCUCUGCAAUUUUUCUGGCGCUUCGCCUGUCGGCACAGACUCUUCAGAGGAGGAAACGAAUGGGACAAAGCCGUUCCAGGGCUAUUUGAAGUCAGAGGAGGCUCGAUGGCGAGAUCGGCUCAGUAACCUCUGGGCCUUGUUGGGAGCCGAUGGCCGAGAACUUGCUGAAUGGCUGGACUCAGACCGAGCGGGUUGCAUCAAGUCGCUUGCGCUCAUCCUAGAUCUGCCGGUUUGGGCAGAGCAGCGCUUGGGCGAGGUCAUGGACGAGAUGCGCCAAAACCAGGCUCCCCGCCGCGCGUGGGCCCGGCGAAGGGGCGCAGCAGAGGCUCCUGUGACUCGGGCCCUGGAAUGUUGCUGGCGCCAGCAACUCCGCUUGGUUUCUUCCAGUCCGCAGGACCAAGUGCUCCGGCUUGAAGUCUGCAACGUCGACCAGCGGAGUGAGCCGAAGGUCCUCGGAGUGUGGUCGACCCCCCUGGCCGAGAUCCUCCAGACCUUUGGCAAAGCUUGGCGCGGUAGAUGGUGGCAGUCUAGGACAUUGAUCUGCCGAGCCCAGCGGAAGCGAUCCGACAACUCGGCAGCCGCGGAUGACGGUGCCGAUGAAGUCUUAUCCGCUGUGUCUUGGAUAUUGGAUGUGGACACCACCGAGGUCACCUGGGCAGAUGUGGGCAGAUUUGGGGCAUAUGUGGGCACACAACAGCAGUUUGAUCGUGGAGCCCUUCUCCUUGCAUUUGAAACUUGCCCCUCGGCGGAAGAGGCUGAUGUCGAGGUUCUGAAGCGCCAGUACGUGUCGUCUGUGGAAAGGCAGUGGUACCAGGAGAUCGUCCGAAUGGCAGGCGUCCGGCGCCUCACUACAUACGGGGGUGCUUCCCGCUGGCUGAAGUUUCAGAAGCGGCCCAGUGCAGCUGCAGAUCUACAGGGGGCUGGGAGUUCGCAGCAGCAGCUCUUCCUGGCCUGGAUGCAGUCUAUGGGCCGGCGGCAGGAAAGCAUCUUUCAAGAUGCCGCCUCCAAGCCUCCGCCUCGAAGUGCAGAUGAAGAUGAGCUUAGCGACGACUCAGAGGACGCGGAGUCCCUGGAGUCCCUUUCGGAGGACUCCGAGGAAUCCGAGGAGCCCGCCGGUCCGAAAGGUUCGAGUGCUGCCGGCACGGCCCAGCCCUCCAGGCGCUCCGAGCACGUGCCAAAGGAUGGCAGUGAUUUCGAGGAGCAGGUGGAGCUUCAGUCGCACCGUGCCGGCGUUCGACCGGGCCGCGAGGAGAGAGCCAUGCAUCGGCGAGGUCUUGGCUCCAAAGAGCCCGAGAUCUUGGGCUACGCGCGCCAGGUGGCCGAUGAGGUAGGACAGUCCGACGGCGUUUCCGUGUCUGACAUCAUGAUGUUCGCGAAGAGGGUCGCAGCAAAUCCAUCGGAGAGUGGCGUUGUCACCGAAAGCUUUGGAGUUGAUGGCUUCGACAUGUUCAGCGACAACUCGCUCGGCGGCUCUGCGCUGCUGCGCUUCGCGCGGGGAGUGGCGCAGCGUGGGGACCUAUCAGCUGCUGGAACCUCUGCGGCGGAAAGUGACGUACUGGCCUUCGCCCGCAAGGUAGCCCAGCAGGCGUCCGAGAGCGGUGUAGGGACUGGCAUCACGGAGGGCACCGACAUCAUGGCCUUUGCGAGAAAGGCCGCACGAGCAGUUUCAGAGUCUGGCGUCAGUCAAGGUGCCAGCGAGUCGGACGUGCUGGCUUUUGCGCGCAAGGCAGCCAUGGAGAUCUCCCAGUCCGGGGUGGGUGCCAAUGACUCCGACAUCCUCAGCUUCGCUCGAAAGGCUGCCGAGGAUGUCUCCAAGUCCGGUGCUGUCAGUGAGACCAGCGUCCUUGCUUUCGCGCGGCAGGUGGCAAAUGGCUUGCACAGCGAGGUGACCGAGACCAGCGCAGCAACGUCAAGGUCUGAUUUCUUGGCCUUUGCCCGGCGAGCUGCGCAGGACGUCUCCAAGUCUGGAGCGGCCAGCAGCGUCGCUUCAGGUGCCGAGUCCGACAUGUACAUGUUCGCCCAACGGGUUGCUGGUGACGUCUCUCAAAGCGGUGUCCACACAGCAUCCGAGGCUACCAGCAACGUGCACGAGUCCGACAUCUUCGCAGUCGCCCAGAGACACGCUGGACUGCAAGUUCCAGCUUCUCACGCGCCUGGAAAACCCGCCUCGAGCAUCGCAAGCGAGUCUGACAUCCUGCAGUUCGCCCAGAAGGUGGCCAGGGACGUUUCGGAAGCUGGCUUCAGCCGCACAUCCGAGGCUUCCGAUGCGCUUCUGGCUUCGCGCAGCGGUGACGAGUCUGCUUCAGACGUGCUGGCUUUUGCCCGAAGGGCAGCGCAAGCUGUGGGGUCGUCAACAGUUCCAAGCGAGGACCUCUUCGUUGCGGCCCGGCGUGUGAUUCCAGAAGGCUCCUCCGUGUCUGGGCUGGACCUUUUUGCAGUUGCGAGGACGGCAGCAGACCAGGUCUCUCGCUCAGGCGUGCAGUCCGCAUCGGUUGCAGGAGGGAGUGGUGUGGCCGACAUCUUCGCCCAUGUCGAGUCUUCGCGCUCCGGGGCGGGCUCCGACAUCUUUGCGGUGGCGCGCAAGACAGCAGCUCAGGUCUCGGACGCCGGCCUCUCUGUCCCAGGCAGCCUGGCAGGCGGCAUUGGUGAUCUGUUCACCCACGCGGAGUCCGCCUCUGGGGUGUCCGACGACUUGGACAUCUUCGCAGCGGCGCGUGGGGCGGCAGAGCAGGUUUCCCGCUCUGGCGUUCAAUCAGCAAUGUCUGUGGGGCUCAGCGCAGGUGGCAUGCGCGACCUCUUCGCUCCAGUGCGUGCCAUCCCGCCCGAGGACGACGAGGACUCCGACCUUCUUGCAGCCGCGCACAGCGCGGCCGACGUGGUCUCUUCGGGUGUUUCCAGCAGCGCAGUUUCUGCACCGAUCCGUGGGCAUUUGGGCGACCUCUUUGCCAACAAGGCACGCGGACAAGUCAAAGAGCCUGUGGCUCCGCCGAAGCCCAGCGAGGGCUCGGAGUCAGGCAGCGAUCUUCUCGGCUUGGCCAAGGGCGUGGCUGCCGAGGUCUCCCGGUCCGGCAUUCAAUCGGCGGUGCGUUCCGGCCUCGCCCCAGGUGGCAUGCGCGACCUCUUUGCGCCGGUGCGUGUUGCCCCGCCGGAGGAUUCGGAGGGUGGCUCCGACCUCCUGGCCGCAGCGCAAAGCGCGGCUGACGCGGUCUCCUCCGGCGUUGCCAGCAGUGCAGUAUCCGCGCCGAAAGGCGGACGUCUCGGGGACCUCUUCGCUCCCAGCAAGGUACGAGGAAAGGCCCCCAUGCCACCGCCGAAGCCGGGCGAGGGCUCGGAAUCUGGCAGCGACCUCCUGGGUUUCGCCAAGGGUGCAGCCGCGGAGGUCUCCCGGUCUGGCGUCCAAUCGGCAAUGUCUGGGCUGGGCGCAGGUGGAAUGCGGCAUUUGUUUGCACCGCCUGCGAGAUCGCGGGCUGCCCCGCCGGAGGAUUCGGAGGGUGGCUCCGACCUCCUGGCCGCAGCGCAAAGCGCGGCUGACGCGGUCUCCUCCGGCGUUGCCAGCAGUGCAGUAUCCGCGCCGAAAGGCGGACGUCUCGGGGACCUCUUUGCUCCCAGCAAGGCCCAUGGUGCCCGCAGCCGUGGCGUGGACGUUGAGGCGGCACCUCAGCGAAGGCGCACCGAGGCCGCUGGCCAGCACCAGAGUGCACCCCCCAGAAGCCAGCCGCCGUGGGCACUUGACAAGGAUGCAGCUCCCUCCCGUGUUUCCCGAUCUGGGGAUUCAGGAACUCCCCUGGCGCCGCUUCCGGUUCCCCCCCCACGUGUAGCCCAAGCCCGGCCGCCCGAGCCACCGGACCCGCCGCCUCUGCCGAACCGGACAUUUCUCACGGACCCCCACGACCUGAACGGCACCGAAGACGGCGAAGUGGCUGAAACCUUCGAGGCCUCUCAACCUGGCGUGCUGUCGCCUCGCACUGCAAACCCGAAGGCUGUCACGGAGCUGUUUGUGCCAAGCCGAGCAGCGUCGGCGAGAUCUGCAAAGGAAGAUCGGGACUACAAACGAAAGCAUUGCCGCGUGGGCACAGAGGCGCCGCUGCGACCCACAGGCGCAGCCUCAGGCGCUGACGUUCCACGGACUCCGGCACAGGGAGGAGAUGAGAGCCAGAGCUGA